CAAUCGAACAUUGUUUUUAUGUCUCAGAUUUCUGUACGAGAAGAUCAUCACGAAAUCAUUUGAAAAAGAACCAGCUUGUUCUAAGUAAAUUUGUUUGGCAAGUGAAAUUCAACCGUGAUUAUAUGAGCAAAUAAGUUGAGCAGCUUCCAAUAAAUUGUUGCAUUUCCAAAUCGCUCGCUAUGGCCGCUGUCGUAGAUCCAAGAAAACGAUCACGAGAAGAGGACGUCAAUGAGUUUAUGCCAUUGUCGAAACGGAUAAAUAAUUUACACCUGAACAAUAGCCAAGCCGGAGGAUUUGCCAAUGAGCAUCCAACGGGCGCCCACAUGCCCGUUCUCGAGGGUCAUCAGAAUAAUUUCCCCCAGGGCGGCUCGAGCAGUAGCUCUGCGAGUACCUGCCACUCGAUACCCUCCGGGGGGAGCUCUCCCAGUGCGACAAGGUCCUCCUAUAGCCAGGAGCCGCUGACAGUGAAUGGGGAAGUACUGGGGGACUAUUGUCCCGAUUUGAGUGAGCGUGACAAUCCGCACUAUUUCGAUCGGAAUAAAAUUCUGUACGAGUUGUAUGUGGAACGAAUGCGGCGUAUGCAGUAAACUCUACGCUGUUUGAAAUGAUUUGUGGCCACAUUGAUCGGAUUCUGGAUGGCUCUGCACAAUUGUACAGCUUCGCAUUUUAUGUUAAGAGCAAAUAACAAUAAAAAAGUUAAGUGAUAGAACUGAUAAGCUAUGAAGUUAUAUUACACUUGAUAUUGAUACUGACGAUUCUUUUCAGUGCGUUUUUAUGUCUAAAUAUAAGUAUUAUUUAUCCAAUAUAAAGUAAUAAAUACGUCAUUUGUAUGAGCGUGUGA